AUGGAUCCAUCAUCAACGUUGAGACGAAGGGCGUGGCUGCACAACCCCAAGAUACCAAUCGUCCUACUUCUUGUCUGCCUCAAGAUCUCACAAAUACAUUCUUCUGCUACGUUCUCUCUGAAGCUUGUCAGCUAUUCUAACGCUGCAAAUCGUGAGUUGGAUGGUGACUGCUGCGAUACAGUAUGGAUUUGCCGUAUUGAUAAGUGUGAUCCAAGAUUUAACCUAUGUUUUCACAGAAUUGGCGGUUCCAACAGCAUGACGGCGUGUGAUCACGGGCGGAUACAGACUGGACUUGUUAGAGAUAACGGACAAUCGUUCACAUUUCCAGCAGUUCUUCCACCAAACAUUGCAAAUCCAAUACGCCGUCAGAUUCCAACUUGGACGGGCGGAAUUCGAGUAAAAAUAGAAAUCUGGGAUGUGGAUCCGAAUGCAGAUGAUAAGAUUGAUUUCUAUGCUAGCAAUAUCAACCUAGCUGCAGCACGUAACGAGGCAUCUGCAACAGCAAGCCGAUACACACUAAGAAGUAACAAGGGUUAUUCCGCGACCAUCAUAGAAGCUAGAGUUUUCUGCGACCCACAUUACUACGGAAGCAACUGCAGAACAUUUUGCCAGCCCACCAACUCUGAUAGAGGACAUUAUUCCUGCAGUCCACAGGGACACAAAAUAUGUCAUUCGGGAUACACAGGAUACAAUUGCAUCAUGGAGAUCGAUGAGUGCGCAUCAAGGCCGUGUCAGCAUGGUGGAACAUGCACGGACAUUUUGAAUGGCUAUACAUGCGACUGUAUAGAUGGCACAUCAGGCUUAAAUUGUGAGAUCGACAUCGACGAGUGCUUGAGUUCACCAUGUCUAAACGGCGGGUCCUGUGAACAUUCAAUUGGCAACUAUUCCUGCUCCUGUUCUGCGGGAUUUAUUGGACGAAACUGCGAGACAAACGCCAAUGAAUGCUCUUCAAACCCUUGUGCUAACGGUGGUAUUUGCCAGGAUGAACUGAACGGGUUUAACUGUGUAUGCGCUGGUGGUUUUCAAGGAACAACCUGUGAGACGAACAUAAACGAAUGUUCCAGCUACCCAUGCAGUUCGGACCAUAUAUGCCUAGAUGGAGUCGAUGGCUAUACGUGUGAAUGUUCGGCUGGGUAUGAAGGAAUCCAUUGCGAAGUCGAGAUAGACGAAUGUGGCAGUGGACCUUGCUUGAAUAACGGUUCAUGCACUGAUGCUGUGAAUAGCUACACCUGCAUGUGUGUGAACGGGUAUAAUGGAUCGGUUUGUGAGAUUGAUGUCGAUGAAUGUGAGAGUAUUCCUUGUCAGAACAACGGAACCUGUUCCGAUUCUAUCGGUAGCUUUGACUGUAGUUGUCCACCGGGUUUUACGGGUAUCAACUGUGAAAUUGAUAUUGAUGAAUGUAGCAGUAAUCCGUGCAACUUGGACCAUACGUGCAUUGACGAAACUAAUGGAUACACAUGUCAAUGCAGUCCUGGUUUUACAGGAAUACAUUGUGAGCUUGACGUUGAUGAUUGUCAAAGUAUGCCUUGCGACAAUAAUGCCACUUGCAUUGAUGGUGUUAACGCGUUUCAGUGCCAAUGCAUGCCUGGAUUUGAAGGUCCCUUAUGCAAUAUUAACACAAAUGAAUGUUUAAGUAAUCCAUGCCAGAAUGAUCAUACUUGUAUCGAUGGAGAUAAUGGUUACACCUGUCAUUGUAUGGCAGGAUUUGCUGGUACUCACUGUGAAAUCAACAUUGAUGAAUGUACAAGUGGACCAUGCCUAAAUAAUGGAUCAUGUGAGGAUCUCGUCAACAACUUUACUUGCCAUUGCGCAUCAGGUUACGACGGUGUAUUUUGUGCAGACAAUAUAGACGAAUGUUUGAGCAACCCGUGUUUCAACAAUGGAACAUGCGAGGAUGUUAUCGCGGGUUACAUGUGCCAUUGUUCUAAUGGAUUUAAUGGUGAACUCUGUCAGCAUGACAUAGACGAAUGUCAAAGCGAGCCUUGCUUACAUCAAGGUUCUUGUGCUGAUGAUGUCAACAGCUAUAGUUGCACAUGUAAAGUUGGGUUUACGGGUGUUGUGUGUGAAGAAAACAUAGACGACUGUCUGGCUUCUUUGUGUUUGAACAACGGAACGUGCAUUGAUGGAAUAGAUUCCUUUACCUGUAGUUGCCCUCCUGGAUUUAAUGGAACUUUGUGUGAAACCAAUGUGGACGAAUGCGAGAGUCGACCAUGCUACAAUAACGGAAGUUGUAUGGAUGGUGAGAACAGUUUCCAAUGCGACUGCGAGCCAGGAUACGAAGGUGAUCUCUGUCAGACGGAUAUCAAUGAAUGCAGCAGUAAUCCAUGUCUAAACGGUGCCUAUUGCAUUGAUGAUAUUGAUGGAUUUACAUGUUCCUGUCCUGAUGGUUACUAUGGAUUGACAUGCGAAGUUGACCAUGAUGAAUGUGCCAGUGCUCCCUGUCUUCAUGGUGGCACUUGUAUUGAUAUCGUCGAUGGAUUUUAUUGUCGGUGUACACGGGGUUUCGGAGGAAGGGUUUGUGAGGAGGACCUUGAUGAAUGCAGUAGCUCACCAUGCAUGAACAACGGGAUAUGCGAGGAUAUGAUUGCAGGUUUCACAUGUCAUUGUCCAGAAGGUUUUGAAGGGGAAUUGUGUGAAGUUGACAUCGACGAAUGUGCAAGUCUUCCCUGUUUCAACAAUGCUACCUGCGUCGAUGGAAACUCGUCUUAUUCAUGUGAAUGUCCGUUAGGAUUUAUGGGAGUCUUAUGCUCUGAACAGGCGACCCUUCCUCCAGUACCACUAUGUGCACAAGCUGUUUGCAAGAACGGUGGUUCCUGCAUCCAACAAGAAAACCAAGAAAGAUGCGUUUGUGUACAAGGUUUUACUGGACCUCAUUGCCAGGUUAUCUCGAGAGGACCGUGUUUUCCAUCGCCCUGUUUGAAUGGAGUCUGUGUUCCUGGAGAAGACAAUACCACGGAAUCACGAAGAUGCAUCUGCAGUGAUAAAUUCCUCGGCGAGUUUUGUGACGUUGAUCCAGUGAGGGACAUUUAUUCCAUUACGAUAGCUGAACACACCAAACCAUCUGCUGAUCUUCAAGCACACUUCUCCAAACUUCUCAAAUCAAGUCUGGACAUUCGAGAUCCUGAGAGUCUUCAGAUUGUCUUCCAGAAAGCUCAGUACGGGGAAUCACAACUUACCGGUCUUGCCUAUACAGCCAUCGAGUUCUACGCACGCGCAGAUAAUAAUGUGCUGACAAGAUCACAACUCACCUCUGCGAUUAAUUCCCGCUCAAACCAGGAAAUUGGUGCGAUACUCAAGCCCUAUAGGUUAUUUAUCGAAACUCCACUGGCACACGUCACAUCGAGAGAAAAUAAGCAAUGGAUGUCAAAGAACUGGUUUGUCUUCUGCAUCAUUGCUCUGCUUAUUCUUAUUGCACUGAUCCUGUUCGCAUAUCUUUACAAGAAAAGGAGAAAACAAUCGGAAGCCUACGAGCAUACUGAGUUGGAUCGCGAAGUCACACGGUUCAUCAACCCAGCGUUCGGUUCACCCCCAAAUAACGUGCCACCCAGAGUAGAGGGCGCACUACCGGUGACAGAAGCAACAGAGAGUUUUGCUUCGUGGGAAGCCAACUUUUCAAAUGCAAACAUGGGCACAUUCAAAGGUCCUCCUGAAUCGGAUUCCGAACUAUGAUCGACUUGAUUCAUUGCAUAAAACCUUUAAAUACUCUCAUAUAACUCUAUUCAGUGGAAAACUUUGGAUAAAGUAUCAAAGUGAAAAUCAAAAUAGAAAUGGAGAAAGGACUAGGGAGUUUUACCGGGGGAGUGAGGGAGGAACCUCCCCCUGAAACGACCAAGAACCGAUGAACAUCCUUGCUGUCAACAAACCUUUACCUGGGAUUGAAUUGAUGCAAUGAAAACAUUUCUUCUGAAGAUGAAAAUGGGGAAAAUGAAUAUUUAGAAAAGGAAUGGAGAAAUGAAACAUCUUAUAGAUACUACCGCAUGACUUAUACUAUAUAGAUUAAAGUGUAUUGAGAGGGGCGCAAUGCAUUCAUCUUUCCUCAAUCAAAAUACAGGUUAUGAUGGUGACGAUGGCGUUGAUGAUGAUGAUAAUGAUUACGAUGAUCAGUGGCGUACCGUGGGUCACAGCAUUGGGGGGGCACCAGCAAAAAUUUUAAGUCACUUAGUGAGCGCGCGAAGCGCGCUCAGAUGUCAGGUAUACUGAUAGAGACAUUUUAAGGAAGCACUUGUAGUCAUUUGUAAUCAUGAAUAAAAAAAAUACGCAUCUCAUCAAUCAAAUAAUGCGAGCGCGAAGCGCGAGCUGAAAAUUUUUGAUAUUCAGACCUAAAAAGGGACAUUAUAAUCGAAUUUGUAAUCACGAUACGUACCUGUCUCGCUAAACAAUGCGAGCGCGAAGCGCGAGCCGAAAUUUUUGUAUACAUUGACCCCAAACAGGGAGAUCUUAAGGACUAUAUUAUAGGAAUAAUCCCUUAAUAGUAUACAUAUCUCACCGUGGUCAUCUAAUACCAAUACCAAGUGCUUGCUGAAUUUGAUAGAAUUACAUUUAAACACUUAUGAAGCACUUGUACUCAUUGUAAUCAUGAAUAACAUACGCAUCUCACUAAUCAAAUAUUGCGAGCGCGAAGCGCGAGCUGAAAAUUUAGGAAAUUUAGACCUGAAGAGGGGCAUUCUAUAGCUUGUUUGUAGGAAUUCACUAAGACCAUACGUAUUUAACUAACCAAAUGAUGCGAGCGCGAAGCGCGAGCUGAAAAAUUUUGAUAUUCAGAUCAGAAAAAGGGACAUUUUAAGGACUGAUUUUAGGAAUUCACGGAGAGCAGACAUAUCUCACCAAUCCACUGAUGCGAACGUAAUCACGGACAGGAAAUAUUUUAUAUUAAGACCUUAACAUGGGGCAAUCACUUUAAGUAGUCAUGAAAAAGAAGCAUAUGUCACUGCAUAAAACAAUAAUAUAUUUGGUUUAUAUUGACUUGAAACGGGAGUUUUUCGUACAACAGGUUUAUAUAUCUCUUUAAACAGACAAUGCGAGCACCAGGAACAAUGACAUCAUAGGCCCUGAGCAAAUAAAGUUUCAUAAAGUUAGGAUAAUUUUUUUUUCUAUGUAACAUAACAUGAUUAUAAUAUCAUAUACCAUUAUAAUGAAUAAUAAUUUCUUCUUUCCCACUACGUUCCUCUUCCUUUCUCCCUCUGUUUCUCCUUUUCCCCGUUUUUUUUUUUUUUUUUUUUUUUUUUGUCAGCCGAUUGGGGGGGCACGUGCCCCCCCAUGCCCCCCCGUAGUUACGCCACUGACGAUGAUGGUGGUGGUGGUGACGAAGAUGAUGAUUUUUACGGCGAUGAUGAAUAUGAAAUAAAGACAAUAGAGUUGGUAGAGAAUAAAGGACUACGGGACGAAAAUAAGGCCUUUUGAAUAUCACCAAGCGCUUACUGAACUAAAUAGCAAUUCAUGUAAUAAAAAUAGAAUAAAAUAUCACUGACUUGAGGUAUUGCAAGAUACAUUGUGGAUUAAUGUCAUCAAAUAAAACCAUGUUCAGUUUUGAAAAAAAUACUAAUAAAUAAUGUGCAAUACUUUUCACGAACAAGCAUCAUUAUGUUUAUUCCGAUUUUGUAAAAUAUACCCUAUUGAUAGCCCCUCUUAUAUCAACAGUAAAAUCACUUGCUUGGUUUCGAUUGCGAAAGUUACAAGUUUGAGAUCUGCAUUUUCUUGUCAUGACAUGAAUUUGUCAGAAGGUGAGUGUGGAGCAUAUUAUGUUGAUAUUAUGUUGCUAUCAUUCACUUGCUGUAAAUAUUGAUAACGGGGUGAUCAAGCCAAGGCAUAAUGGUCUCAUUGUCGUUAAUUUUAAUAUUUGUCAAAGAACUACUUACAUUAGUGUCCAACGUACUAACUUAGAUGUGAUUGCAUCGCAGAUUGAAGUGUAUUUUGUAAAAAUAUAUAUGGACCUAUUCAAAUGCUUAUCACCAUGAGCACCCAUCGUUUUAUUUUACUCUGUUUACGUUUCGUUGACAAAAUAGGAAAUUUUAUGAGGUGAAUCUGCUGAUAUUCCGUAGACUUAAAAAAAUGAAUGAUAGAACAAUAACAUUUAUUGCUAAAGUUUUACUGAUCGUGAGGUGAGUGAUUAGUCACAUUGAUCUUUGUCGUAUUUAUCAAGAAAUUACCUGGAUAAACACGUAGACCUGGUUGUAAUAAUAUUGUCAUUAAGAUAAUAAAGCAUCGCACUGAUAUUAGUUAACACAACAAGUAGAUGAUGUGCUUUGAUCACGAUUAUAAAUGUACAUUAUAUAAUAAGUUAACAUAUUUUUGAACCAUGGCUAUGUUAUUGUACAAAUGAAAUUAAAGAAAAUGCGAACCAUCA